GACAUAUAUUUGUUGUUUUGUUUUACUUGGGCUGUUAUAUGUGUUUUUGUGUGCUCUGUAUAAGUACAAAACAGUUCUCUCUUUUUUGCAUUUUGUACAAUUUUGUUUUAGAAGUAAAAAGACGUGAAAAUGCGUUUGUGGUUUUACAUUUUAUUGGCAUCAGUCCUUGUCUUAACCUUUGAAAUGUGUGCCGAAAGCUACCACGCUCCAGAAUGUAAUCAUUCAACAUAUGCAGGAAUUAUGCAGCGCAUCACAUAUGUUAUGUAUCACACCUUAGAAACUGCAAGGGACAGCUAUAGAAGAACGAAACAAUAUAUUGAUCAUUACAAAGUACAUUUUGAUCAAAGACAAACGGUUGUGGAGAAUAAAUUAUAUGAAAUAAGUGCCAAACUGGUGGACAUUCACACAGCCGUUCUAGCAAUUACUACUGGGCCGACAAAUAAAAUAUCGCCGACAAAUGUUGGAAACGAAAUUACAGAUAGGUUUGGCAACGUGCCAACUAACAUGAAUUAAAAUAUACUUUUUAGAUUCCACUUGUUGUACAUCAAUCAAUUUCUGAAAUGCUAAGCAUCAUUCGAUUUUUUAGGGUUUUUUGUCGGGAGAAUUCCUUUCGAUUUUCUACGGUUUUUUGAACCACAUUUUCCCUCUUACUAGAAUGGAUUUUUCAAAAUUCUUUCAAUUUGCUAGGGAUUUUUUGACGAACAAGUGAGGAACCUUUUUUAGUUCAUCAUUUUUUUUUUUUUUUUUUUGAGAAACCGAGGGUAAUUUCCGCAGAAAUUUGAUGACGAUUUUGCAAACAAUUGAAUAUAACCUCAUACAACGAAUUUUGUGGAAUUGUGGUCGAACAAAAUCGGAUAAAAUUUAUGAAAUUCAAAACGAGAUUAAAGAAUGUAUGCGUGCAAUUAAUAACCGUGUCGCACCAUGAUCCAUUCCUUAACGUAACAGCAAAGAAAAUUAGUUUAAAAGUUUUUUUAAGUUUUUAAAGUUUAGUUGAUUGCAUUUUACGGGUAAUAAAAAUUCUAUAAAAAAUGUCACGUGAGUAAUUUAAUUUAUUAUGAGAGAUAGAUAGAGAGAGAGAGAGAGAGAGAGAGAGAGAGAAAUAGUUGUUUCGGGGCGUGGUCAAAACCGGUUUGGACAAAACCCGCUUUUUCAUACUACUAUUAUUAAAAUCAUUUUUAUUCUUUUUUUAUUUCAGAUUGACUGUAGAUGACUAAAAUGGGCGUUAUCCAAUACAGUUGGGACUAAUAACAUCAGACUAGUAAGAUAGUUAUUACUUAUUACUAAUAAUUUCUAAUAACUGGUAAUAAGAUGUCAUCUUAUUAGUGUAAUAAGUAUAGUAAUAAGUAUAGUUAUUAGAAUGUUACUAGUCAGAAGACUAAUAAGAUGCAUGUAUCUUAUUAGUAUAGUUUCUCAUCAGUAUAUUUCGAUUGGUGUUACUAGAAGCAAAUACUACUGAAACACGAAAAACAGCAGUAAGGCAGUCAAAAUCACAAAAAAACUUCCGGUCGAUUUUUCUCGAAUUUCCAAUGGGAAAUCGGCAAAAAUAAACUACUUUUUGGCCUAAAAUCAAAAUCCGGUGGAAUUUGGCUGAUUAGUGGACUUUCAGGAUUUGGCCUGGUUUCUAGAACUUCCAAAAUGUAAUUCCAUAUACAUAUAUUAUUCGAGUAAUUUUAUACAGGAAUCUGGGCUCUCGUGCCAGGAUUUUAAAAAAAUACGAAGAAAACGAAAUAAAAAAUAAAAAAAUAUAAAAUUACAAAUAUCUAUUGUAAAGAUGUCUUCUAUUUGUCUGACAAUAUUUUGCAAUUGAAGACAUUUUUCGAUCGCGCGCGGAUGUGCAUUCAUUUUUUUACAGACGAAUAUUUCGGAAUAUUUAUAUUUGUAAUUUUGUAUAUUAUGUGGAACUUAUAAGUUUACAUCAUAGGGCCUCAUUGGUCGUUGUUAGAUUAUGGGUUUGUGACUUAAAACCGCUACAAUAUUAGAAACCUUCCUUACUCAAAUGCUCAUAAAACCAAAAUUAAGU